AUGAUCCAUUCAACGACAUUAACGCCGAGAGUAUUAUCUGCUGUAGCACUUGGUGUUUUAGGGAGGGUGCAAAGCGAGUUCGUGGGUAUCCAUAAGCUCCUUGAACGGUUUGGAGACGAAGCCGGGACCAGCAAUUUCUGGACCCAUGUCUACCAUACCCAGAAGAGGCUUGUUCUUGCCUUUAUCAAUGAAUCGUUUGCACGACUGGGAUACCCGCUGAGCGCUAUGUCGCCUGGUACGCCGCUACCGUAUCCACACGCGGUCCAGACCAAACACCAUCGGGUCCUUCGCGGGGCCAUCUUUGAUAUUCUCAAGGAUGGGGGGGUCGCGGACCACCAGGGCGGUGAUCGCUAUGUGCGCACGGCUACGCCUAUCGACACAACGCCAGCCGAGUCCAUUUAUCAGCAACUCAUCCGGGACUACCCCCUGCACGCCAACACGCACCGCCUCCUUCACGUCACGGGCUCGCAGUUUGCGGAAUGCCUCACGGGCGCGGCGGACCCCAUCAGACUGCUGUUCGGCAAGAGCAAGGCGCUGCUGCAAGACUUCUACACCAACGCGCCCAUGUCGGUGGCCGCCUCCAAGCUCCUCGUAACCCUCCCCCGGGGCGUCUUCUCCCAGAUAGCCCGCGAGCAGAACCGCAGCGUAGAGAUCCUCGAGGUGGGCGCCGGGCUGGGGGGUACCACCCAGUUCGUGCUCGAUAUGCUGGUGGAGGCCGGCAUCCCGUUCAAGUACGUCUUCACCGACAUCUCGGCGUCUUUCUUCGGCGCGGCCAAGACGCGCUACAAGGACCUCCCCGCGGGCUGCAUCGAGUAUAUGGUCCUCGACAUCGAGAAGGCGCCACCGCAGCACCUCCAGAACAACCUCGCCGUGUCCUGCUCCAACUCGCGGCGCCUCCUGCGUGCAGGUGGGUUCUUUGCAUUGGUAAAGUUCACUACCCGGCUCUACUGUCUAGAUCUGGUUUUCGGCCGGCUGGACGGGUGGUGGCUAUUUGAAGACGACAGGAAGCAUUGUACGGUGAAUGAAGCCGUGUGGAAGGCUAAGCUGGAAUCGUCUGCUUUUCCGACGUUUUGUGGGUGCAGGGGCAAGGGGGCAAGAGGCCGAAUCCUCAGUUGA